AUGUCGACCGAGUUCUUCGCCUCGAGCGCCACGUCCACGGGCCCAGCCUUCUGCCCGCACUGCGGCACCAUCCUGGACCACCCGGACACCAACAGCAUUGUGUGCUCCGCCUGCGAGUACCGCUGCCGCUACCAGGACCUGCCGUCGCUGACUGUGGUGACCCGCAGCGAGGAUAAGCCCGCGCCCAAGUGGCUGGACGCCGAGAAGGUCAUGAGCGAGGUGACGGGCCCGGCCCGCGCAACGGUGGAGGAGCCGUGCCCCAAGUGCGGCAACCCGGAGAUGGACUACUACACGCUGCAGCUCCGCUCGGCCGAUGAAGGCCAGACGGUUUUCUACGAGUGUAAGAAGUGUGGCCACAAGUUCUCGGUCAACAACUAA